GUAGAUUUUCGAAGCUUGAGAGGCAUUGUAAAGAUCAUAGGGACAUUCAUGUGUGUUGGUGGAGCCAUCAUCAUGGCACUGCUCCGAGGCCCUAAGCUACUGAACGGAGAACUCCAAUCAACAAAGUUAGCCCUUGGGUCAGGAGCUGAGAAUUGGUUGCUGGGUUGUCUAUUUCUCUUUGGAAGCAGUUCUUGCUGGUCAAUUUGGCUCAUUUUGCAGGUCCCAGUUUGUGCAAGCUAUCCUGAUCACCUCUCUUUAUCUGCUUGGAUGUGUCUCAUGGCAACUUUACAAUCAGCAACAAUUGAAUUGUUCACAGAGAUAGACAGGGAUGCUUGGAUUUUGCAUACAUAUAUUGAACUUGGGUGUUGUUUCUAUUCAGCUAACCAUUUUUGCACAAGCCUGGUGCAUCUCAAAAGGGGUCCUCUCUUCUCUGCAAUGUUCAAUCCUCUAUGCACAGUGAUUGUGACCAUCUUUGCUGCAAUAUUUCUACAUGAAGAAAUCUAUACAGGAAGCUUGGUAGGUGCUUUUGGUGUGAUAAUUGGAUUGUAUGUUGUGCUAUGGAGCAAAGCCAGAGACCUUGAAGAGUUAACUCCUUCAAGGUCUCUGGCUUUGCUCCAUAGCACAACAUACAAUCCAAUUAUCACACCAAAAGCACCUACCAAGCUGAAAUCAAAGUCUUAG